CCUCCACUUCCUCCAGGGAGCUACAGCCACAAGACACCCAACAACGAGACUUCUCUCGGCUGCAUUGCAAGCUCCUCUUACUGACGAAAUUCUGCUGACAUGUUGGAGCAGAACUGGUGAGCAUACGCCACAGUCGCGUCCAGUGCUGUACGGUGACAAUGAGCCUCCAGCGAGCACAAAACACGUCUCUCGUGGGCUUUCGCUUGCGAAUAGCAUGGGGUGUUCUCAGACCCACAUUGCCUGGCCACGAACUGGGGGGGCAGAACAAAUCAGCGCCACGGCGCCCACGCCCCCCCCGUGUACGGUUUGAGGCCCCUGCGCUUUGCAGGCGGCCAUUGUGCUCCACACCCGGCGCACGAGAAGGCCCCGCCCUUGCCACAAAACAGGAAGGCCCAGCUCGCAGAUCAGCGUGCUGGCGCCGAAGGUGACCGCGUCGAGGCCCCCGCUGAGGGCGAACCAACAACUGGUGCUGACAGAUGCUUCCGCUCGCAAGCCUCAAAAACGUUGCGUUCGUACGCUGAUUCAAACAGUGCCACGCGAGACCCUCUCACAGACCAGCCACGAAGUGCCGUGCACAACGUCAGCGCUGGGUCGGGAAGAAAGACUGGGGAGGCAAAAGAAGGUAAGCGCCAUGGUUCAAACCAGGGACGCGCUAGGCCCUCCGGGCCGAGAGAGGAGCGAGCUUCAAAAGGCUCUGCACAUGCAAACUGCUCCGCCGAUCUUGCAUCAAGCACCUCCCGCAUGAACGUGGGCUGAGGCCCCUGAGGAGCUUGCCGCGCCCGCCCGUUGCCCGAGAGCUCGCUGGCUCUGAUGCGCGGGGCGACCGUGCUUUUGCCGCACCUGCCGCGCGAGAUCCCGAGCUUGUCACAAGACAGGAGGCUGCCCGCCCGUCGAAGAGCGAGCUGGCACCGCCGGUGACUGAGUCAAGGCCUCCGCUGAAGGCGAACUAAACUUGGUGCUGAUACAAUCCUCCGCUCGCAAACCUGAACACCUUGUGCUCGUACGCUGGUUCAAACAAAGCUCUGCAAGACCCCUGUCACAGACCAGCCACGAAGUGCCGUGCACAACGUCAGCGCUGGGCCAGCAAAAACGAAUGCGGAGGCAAUCUACGCAACAGAAAAUAAGCGCCAUGGUUCACACCAGGGACUGCUGUCGGCGCUCGCACCAGGCCCUCCGGGUCGAGAGAGGAGCGCGCUGCCACAGGCUAUGCACAUGCAGGCGGUUUCGCCGAUCUUGCAUCAAGCACCUCCCACAUGAACGUGGGCUGAGGCCCCUGAGCAGCCUGCCGCGCCCGCCCGUUGCCCGAGAGCUCGCUGGUUAUGAUGCGCGGGGCGACCAUGCUUUUACCGCACCUGCCGCGCGAGAUCCCGAGCUUGUCACAAGACAGGAGGCUGCCCGCCCGUCGAAGAGCGAGCUGGCACCGCCGGUGACUGAGUCAAGGCCUCCGCUGAAGGCGAACUAACAAUGGUGCUGACAAAUUCUUCCGCUCGCAAGCCUCAACACCUUGUGCUCGUACGCUGGUUCAAACAAUGCCCCGCAAGACCCCUGUGACGGACCAACCACGAAGUGCCGUGCACAACCAGCGCUAGCAAAAACGAAUGGGGAGGCAAUCUGGGCAACAGAAAAUAAGCACCAUGGUUCGAACCAGGGACUGCUGUCUGCGCUCGCGCCAGGCCCUCCGGGUCGAGAGAGGAGCGUGCGGCAAAAGGCUCUGCAUAUGCAGGCGGCUUCGCCGAUCCUUCACCCACCACCGCCCACAUGAACGUGGGCUGAGGCCCCUGAGGAGCUUGCCGCGCCCGCCCGUUGCCCGAGAGCUCGCU